AUGUCUGCGCCCACCGAGACCACCGCGGUCGAGCCGACGAAGGAGCAGUUGCAGUUUGCACGCGCCGUGUACAUUAUCUUGAUGCUUUGGCCUGCAUUGCGGCAGGCUGUGAAUGAGCACUGGGGCGGCCCCGAGUCGGAAGAGAAACGCGAGUUCCUUUUGUCGCAUCUGUGUGACGAGUACGGCAAUGGCGGUAAGGCGACCAAGCCCGACUUGGAUGACAUCACUGAUCUGAUUGAAGGCUACGUGAUGGAAGAAUACGACUGUGAAUUGGAAGACAAUAGUGCCGCUAUGGUCGCUCAGCAUGUGUGCCUGCUGCACGCGGGCAUUUUCGAAGAGGAGCGUGGCGACGAGCUUUUGAAACAGCUUGAAGCGUCGUUCUCGCGUGCAAGUGGCCAUAAAGUCGCUGCGACGACGCAGGAGCACAUUGAAGAUAUCGAUGCGCCGGCCAACUACGAUUACAGCCAGGACGAGCGGCCUAUGGAGCCGGUCUCGGCAGCGCCUCGCGCACCUGCGCCCAAGCCGAAGCCAGAAAUUGAUGAAGAUGGGUUCGAGACGGUGCAGCCACGCCGUCGACGAUAG